AAAAUUUAUUUAUUUUCUCCUGGUCCUUAUUUUAAAUACAUGUAGGUUAUUGAAGAAUUAUCGAUAAUUAUCGUUAUUGAUCAAUAUGAACCAGCUAUAUUGUGAUAUACUUUUCAGCCAUAUCGCCCGUCUCUAGCUCUGAGUUGCUCUGCAGUGUAAAUAGUUGUUGUCACAGCAGGAACAGAAACUUUCUCCUCCACUGACUCAGACUUUCACCAUCUGAAGGGACGUGCAUGCUCAUCUGCAUCUGUAGAGCAGCCAGUAGGAACAAGGCCUCUCUAAAAUGUCCUGUGAUUGGACAAAGUGUCCUGAAGAUAGGAGGACAAGUGGACGUCCAGUUGUCUCUAUAAUCAGAGGUUAUUGUGGCCCCGUCCAUCUCAGAGUUACAUCCUCCAUGUCCUCACGUUUGAAUAAGAAUCAUCACGUUGACACAGAACUGCUGUGUUUCUGCGUUCAUGUGGAACUCACGGUUACGACACAGGAAGUCAUGAACUCGAGUCUCUCAGUACAUUUGUAGUUUUGAGGACAUGAACGCGACUUCAGGGGGACUCGUAGGGUCACUUCCUGUGAACGCAGCCUGUAUAUGAAGGAGUGGAGGUUUCUGUCAGAUGGAAGUGUCAUCAUCGUUUAGCCAAUCGGCAUGCAGACGUUCAUCUAUUGGUCCAAUCAGAGCAGCUCGUGUGUCCCACACAGGAACACACUUAGAAACAUGUGAGAGUGUGAAGACCCUGCAGUGGUCAGAGAACAAAGAACACAUACUUUAAUCUGACCUGUGGAACAGCAGAACGUCUCCAACACUGAAAUACUGAGAGUACAGUGUACUGAGAGUAGCAGUAAAUGUACAGACUGAGGGUGAUUGUUGUUUCAACAGUUGAGAUCUUGCAGAACCUGAACUGAGCACACACGCACGCACGCACACACACACACACACACACACACACGUUAAUCCAGGUUGUGCAACAGGCAGCAGACUGAGGCAACAACAAGCAGCAGCAGCGUGGUGACUCAGAGGAAACAGGAAACACAGAAGAAGAAAACCAGUUUCAGACGAGAGACACAGACUGUAGCAGGGGACAGACAGACAGGAAGUGCAGUGAGACGGGGUUGUUACUCUGCGUUUGACUGGACCUGAGCAGACAGACUGUGUUUGUUUUCAUACGUUAUGGGGACAUGAAGCAGGUACCACACUGUGAGGACUCAUCUCCUGUUUGGGGACAACAGCAGUGAGGCUGUAGUGUGUGUGUGUGUGUGUGUGUGUGUGUGUGAGUGAGAGGAUGAGCGGUGGUAAAAAGAGGAGUGGCUUCCAGAUCACCAGUGUGACCUCAGACAUCAACCAGACUCUGGCUGGCCAAUCAGCUCCCAGUGUGGUCCUGACCGUCGUCCAAUCAGCAGCCUCCUUCUCCUGCAGCGCUCAGGGAAGCUCCUCCCAGCCGACCACGCCCUCUCUGAAGAGGAAAUACAUCUCCCACGAUGCCUCAGGGCAGGGGGUGGGGUCUUCCUCCAGGUUCAGGGUGGUGAGGCUGGCGGUGGGCGGGGCCGGCGGCGGUGGGCAGGGCGAGCCGUACCACCGCGGGCGAUGGACGUGCACGGACUUUGUGGAGCGUCAUGAAGGGGCAGUGUUCAAGCGGGUGAUGGACACCAUGAGACAUGCCCACUCGCUGGAGUCCCUGGAGAUGAUCGGUCGGGACAUAGACAGAGGUGCAGUCCACUCUCAGGACACCGCCCACCUGCUGGCUCAGCCAAUCCGUGGCAAGGAGGGGGCGGGGCUUGUGCUGCACAGCGGGCCGCCUUCUCCGACACACCAAGAGCCAAUCAACAUCCGGCUCCUGGACCUCAAGGAGCCAAUGGGAGCUCAGGGUUUUGAAUACACCCUUCCACCUCCUUCGCCCCGCCCACGAAUCGUCCCUCCACCUCUACGAUUGGACGUCGAUUCUGCAGGACGGUCUGUCCUCAGGCUGUCCCACUCUCAGCCCAGCUCCCCCCCUGCUGGACCGUACCAUCCCACUCUGACCCCCAUUCAAACUCCAGCAGCCUUCAGUCUGGACGAAACCAUCUUCAGCCUGUCGGGGGAUGACAGAACCUGUCUACACUCAGAGCACCGUCAGCUGAUCUCAGAGCAGCGAGAACAGACUCAUAGUGUGGACGCCAGAUUAAGACAUAAAGAGGACGUAUUGAUUCAGAGACAGCGGAACGUCUAUCGGUCAAUAUUCCCGAACACAGGCCGUCUCCACAACAGAUUGAUUGACCCUGGUUCUGAAACCGGUCCUUUCAGGGCUCUUAGAAACUUAUAGGUGAGAACCAGCUACAUCCCCACCAGUUUGGAUCAGAACCAAUGUAAACAGGGCUGUGUCAUCAACAGGGGGCGGGGCAUGACAUGACAGAAGUGAUUGGUCCUAGAAAGAUGCUGGAUCGCACUGAUCACCUGUUAACUGUACCCACCGAUGAUGUCACAGCCCAGCCCUCAGCUGGAAACCCUCCAGGUUCCGAUCUAACAACAACAACAACAACAAUAUAUAAAUACAUAAAAACAAAUAGUUGAUGAUUGUUUAUGAAACAUCUGAAAUUCUCCUCAGAAACUUUUUGUGGAUGUUGAUGUUUGCUUUUACAGAAAAAUGUAAACAAAUAUUAACUAACAAUGAGACUGUGUAAACACCACCAUACACAACAACAAC